CAUCUGCUCAGUCAAAGCUAUUAGCCACCGGAGUAUUCCACACCACAGCAACACUAUGCGGGCUCCGGCGAACCUCCUGCACCGCAGCACGGCCGUUGCAGCCGGCCCCGGCGAGCCGUCUCCUUGGCCUUCCUCAUUGCCGUCGCCUCAUCCGGAGCAGCAGCAGCAGACGGCGCCGGUGAUGGCGAUGGACUCGGACAUGGUGGUGAUCCUGGCGUCGCUGCUGUGCGCGCUUGUCUGCGUCCUCGGCCUCGCCCUCGUCUCUCGCUGCGCGUGUGGGCGACGACGCUCUAACUCUACUUCAUCCUCUGUGCCUCUUCCCCCGAAAGGCCUCAAGAAGAAGGCCAUCGAUGCGCUCCCCACCGUCUCCUUCAACGUGGCCGGCGCGUCACCGCAGUCAUCGGCAUCAGCGGCGGCAUGCUCGUCGUCAUUGGAGUGCGCGAUAUGCCUCACGGAGUUUACCGACGGGGAGAGCGUGCGCGUGCUCCCGCUCUGCGGCCACAACUUUCACGUGGCCUGCGUCGACGGCUGGCUCCGGACGUGUGCCACCUGCCCCUCCUGCCGCGCCCCCAUCGUCGCCACACCGGCUCAGCUGCCGGUGGUGCCAACGGUGGUCGUGGUGGUGGCAGCGGCGAACAACAGGUGCAGGAGGUGCGGGGAGCUGGAAGCGCCGGCUGGUGGUGCGGAUUGCACGUUCUUGCCUUAGCUUUUAUCUUACUCUUUUUCGAGUGUUACUGUUAGAUACUAGUAUACUAGAGUACUUGUUAGUUUGUCAGGGAGCCAGAGGAACGGAAUCUUCUGUGAGAUAUCACUGUUACCGAUAGGGUGUUGGUGGGUGUAUUGUAACUCAUAUUGGAUGUACGCAUCCCAUGUGGGGCUUCGUGUAAUUUCAACCCUGGCUUCUAUAAAGUUAAGGCAUGCUAUUGGUAUGCUCUUGAA